GACUCAAAAGAACGAUUACGUUCACCACUCGGCCAUUGCUGUUCUCCAACUCUUAACCCGCCGCAGGAAUGAGCAACGCUCGCCGAGCAGCAGAUACGCGGCCGUUCUAAACAAAUAACCUGUUUUAAUCGUUCUUGCGGACGUUUAUGCAAAUUCGCUUGACUGACAAGUAUAUAUCACAUGCUAACGUGGGUCGUCAGUUCACUAACCUUAACAUGUAACAGAAUACUCGCUAGUCCCGGCUUGUGAAGCAGGAGUGAAGAGCAAUCAAUCACCGGACACCUCCACCGUUAUUCGUGUUUGUACAGUACAGUGAGCGCUGCUGAGGCAGGGGAACCGCUGCGCUAAUGCUUCCCUGACCACACCGACUCAGCGCUGCUAUUUUAACGCGGUAUCUUGUUUUCGACCAAACAUCAGAUCAGGUUUUAUAGCGGGACAAGAUGUUGCAAGUUUUGAUUUGCGGCGUUGUGGUCUUCCCCGGUCUCUUCUUCACUUUUAGAAAAGUGCUUCCGUCCAUUUUCAAGCAGUGGACAGAUGCCGACGUCGUGCUGGUCAGCGAGAGGCUGGUGUCAUCCAUUCACGCUCUUAUGGCCACCGCAGCUGGAAUCAUCGUGGUGUCCUCGUGCAAAGGCAAUGUAAUUAUGGACCGACACUGGCUGACCACCUAUUUUGUCAUUUGGUAUGGCGUUCCCUACAUGUCUUAUGACAUCUUCGCCAUGUACCUCAGCCAUUACUAUCGCUUCCGGGUCAAAGGCCACAAGGACUAUAAAAGCCACUCUCUACGAACCGUCAACUCAUUUGUGAGGAAAGAGUUCCUGCUGGUCCUCCAUCAUAUUGCACUACUCUCCAUUCUACUGCCUGUGACUCUGUUCUUCAGGAAAGACCAGGGUGAUUUCUUCAUUGGCUGUCUCUUCCUCACAGAGCUCAGCACUCCUUUUGUUUCAGUGGGCAAAAUCCUCAUUCAGCUGGGGUUGCAGGAAUGCUGGCUGCACAAGGUUAAUGGCGGCAUGGUGUUGCUCAGUUUCUUCUUGUUCCGCAUCGCACUCUUCCCCUACAUGUACUGGGCCUACGGCUCCCACUACGGCAUCCCCCUCUACAAGGUUCCCUUCCAUCUGCCGCUCUCCACCAACCUGGGCAACCUCUGCAUCCUAUCGCCGCAGGUCUACUGGUUCGUCCUUCUCUGCCGUAAAGGCUUCCGACUCUACAAGCGUCAGCGGGAUGCUCAGAACCAGGUCUCUCCCCUGUCCUCGCCCGAGCCUCUCUCGGAUAUCUACAAGGCUGAUUAGUUUUCAUCUAAUACAAACAAUCAACCAACCAACGUCACAGCUCAAGGCUACGGCACUGCAUCUACUACUGUUACAGUACAACCAAGACUUCAUGUUAGACAUAACCUUAUUGCUUCUCUUCUCUGCUUUACUCCAUUCCACGCACACUCUCACAUUUACAUGUUUGACCGUUACAAUGCCCACUCUACUGGAUUUACUGCAGUGAACUCCAGGGAACAUCUUUUAGGUCAGUUAUCGUGGGCCAAGACCCUCUCUUCCUUCUCUGAUUGAAGUAUUUGUUACAGUUUGGACUGAUGUCUUUAAAUGUAAUUGGAAUUAUGUGUUACUUUUUUGUUUUUCUUUUUAGAAAUUCUGCCCCUGUGUGCUUAGAGUACAAAAAUACACUGGUUUAAAAGAGGGGAAUUAUUAUGUGAGCGGCACAGCCAUCAGUAUAAUAAAUUCAUCAGAUUAGUCCCACAGUAUUUCAGGUCACAUCCGAACAACUUUUUCACAUCACUUCCCACUCGGCGCAAAGCUCCGAUCACAUGGUAAGCAUUUCCAUGGCUGCAGUGCUGCUGUUCUUGUUUACAGCUCAUUAGAGUUCUGUGAACGUGUAUGUGCACACACAUACACUGCCCUGCUGUGACUGUUUACACUCCUCUAACACACACCGCCCCACACAUGCUCUGGAGGCUGCUAAUGAAUUCUGCUUCGCUUCUGCGGGCCUUUUGAGAAUCAUCCUCCCAUCCACAUGGGGGUAGUAGAGAGUUGGUCUUUGUUUAAAUUAGGGAUGGGCAACUUCGAUCCUGGAGGGCCUCUGUCCUGCAGAGUUUAUCUCAAACCCUGAUUAAAAAAAAAUUUUUAUUAUUAUUAUUUAUUUUUUUAUUUUUUUUGUAAUCUGUAAGACAUUGAUUAGCUUGCUUGGGGGUGUUUGAUUAGGGCUAGUUGCCCUCUGAGAACAAAGUUGCCCAUCCCUGGUUUAAAUGGGAGACACAGGACUCAAGUCUAUGGGGGAUGGGGUCUUUGCAGGGUACAAAGAGUGAGCACAUAACGCUUGGCAUAUCUUUUAGGCCACAUUAUGCCCAAAGGCAUCUCCAGGCAGAGUCAAAGCAAUAACACAGGGGGGCUUCAAAGCCAGGGAUUGUGGGUAAUCGGAUGGCUCAUGUGAACACAUGGGCAAGGAUAGAAAAGUUGCAAGCCACCUACUCUGAUAACUGAUCUUUGUAUAUCCAAAGGGCACAAUACUUGGUUCUUAUGGUCUUGGAAAGAUGUUGUUUAUGAUUUUCAUGUGUGGAACAGUCAUUAGUAAUCUUUAAAAUUCACAAUUUCAGUAGUUAUUGUUUUUUUGUUAUGCUCAGCUCUUUGGAGGAAUAUUGUUUUUGGCUAUAAAUCACUUUUUAUGAUUGCUGUCUACUAAAUAAUUUCUAGAAAAUGAUAUCCAGUAAUCAUGGAAAAAGUCCGAAAUUUGCUGGUCAAAAGAUGUGGGAACUCGUAAUAGUGUCGUGUUUGUGAGUGUGAAGUGUGAAAUGCUCUUGACUUGGGGCAUGAAUUUUCUAUGAAUCUUUCUAUUAACUGAGCCUACAGUUUGAGUUGUAGAUAAACAAUUGUAUUUAUUUCUAUAUUUUGGAAUAGUGCAGUAUAAAUGGGCGAUUUUCUGUUGCUUAGGAUAUUUUUUAGGGAUAAUCUGUGGCACAUGAGAGCUUGUGUAAGUGUAGCAAGGAACUCCGAAGCCUUUGUUUCAGGGCUUUUAACAUAACCUGCAGCAUCUUUCAUGAUACAUUUAGUGAAUGCUGGGUGGCGUAUGAAUGCAACUAACAGUUCUAGGUUCCAUUAAGCAUUUUCAUAAGUGCAGAACUGUCAGAUUCAAAUGUUGCUCAGUACGUACACAUGCACUCUUGUUUAGUGUGUUUCUAAGACAAACUGGGCCUAAAGGUUGCCUUUAGCAAGUGUGUUUGUGUGCGAGAGACAGAAAGAAGACUUAUAUAACAGUGUGUUUAAGCACCCAGCUCAUUCUUUAGGAGGUUGAACGGGGUCUUUGCUGGACUGAAAGAGAGAGAAUGCAUGUUUUGCUCUCCAUUUCUAAAGCUUUAGUACUUUUCAAAACUAACUAUGCAGUCUUUCAAGCUGCUGCUUCUUGUCUAUGGCAACACUAUGCUUUCUUUAGUUUUGCUUAGGUAGGAUGCAUCUGGCAGUUGAGUUGGCCAUAAUAAUCAUAAUGCAUGUUUUGUUUCAUGUUUUUUUUUUUUUUUUCCAGUAGUAUAUCAUGUCAAUGGUUUUCUCAGUUGAAGUGUAGUCUGUUACAGUACGUUUUUCUAAAUUUUCAAAUUAUUCACCCUUUCAUUUUCAGAAUAGACUGUCUAUUAUAUAUACACUAAAUGGCCGAAAGCAUGUGGACACCCAACGAGCAUUUAAAAAUCAAAUCAAUGGGCAUUAAUUAGGAGUUUGUCAUUCCUUUGCUGCUAUAACAUCUUACAUUCUUCCCAAACCGUCGAACAAAGUUGUAUGCACACAAUUAUGUUAAAUGUCAUUGUAUGGUGUUGAUCUAUUGUUAAUUAUGAAAGGGAUGUCCACAAAUUUUUGGCCGUGUAGUGUAAUCCUAGAAUAUAUGAACAGGUUUGUUUUGAAAUGCAUGGAGCAUGACCAUAAAACACUAAAUGUACUGUCCAACAGGUUUAUUUAUGCCACACUUAACCUUUAAAUCAUAGUGCAGUGUAUGAUGCUGAUAAUUUUUUCUUAAUUUUUUUUUUUUUUUAAAUAAUAAUACAAUUCUAGUGUCUUCAAGGCCUCCUCUCUCAGCUCAGGGUUUGAUAAAGACGUUAUAGUUUAUCAAUUAUUAUUUAGAGAUGAAAGAUGAGACUGUGAUUAAAAAGGAUUUACAUAAGACACAUUUAUAAUUGAAACUAUCUUUUCCAACACUUUUGGGGUUUGUUAGACCAAAGAUUCUUAGGCACUUUUUAUAGACAAGUGACAUGUAGCUAAACUGUCUGAGACUCCACAUCA